GCCCCCUAGCGGCCACGAGCUAGUUUUCUCCCUUAGAACAUAUAUUCCGAUCGAGAAAGAAUUCACGUCAUUACUACGUCAACUUCAAGACCGGCAAAACGAAUUACACACUGUUCUUGCGAAUUUCGAUAGUUAUUCUGAUCCAUAAUCGUCUUAUUGAGGUCUACUUCUUCAAUACUGCAGUUUAAAAAACAGAAAAUGAGAUUCAGAGGGCAGUUUUUGUUGCUCACCUUAGCUCUUGUAACCCUGGCUGUGGCCAAGGAAGAAAAAGAGAAGAACAAGGAGGUAGGGACUGUAAUUGGCAUUGAUUUGGGAACCACCUACUCUUGUGUGGGUGUCUUCAAAAAUGGCCGUGUUGAAAUCAUCCCGAAUGAUCAAGGAAACCGUAUUACUCCAUCCUAUGUUGCUUUUACUGCUGAUAAUGAACGCCUUAUUGGUGAUGCUGCCAAAAACCAACUUACUACCAACCCUGAAAAUACUGUAUUUGAUGCCAAGCGUCUCAUUGGACGUGACUGGACAGACCAUACUGUUCAGCAUGAUAUCAAGCUCUUCCCCUUUAAGGUGAUUGAAAAAAAUGCAAAGCCCUACAUCCAGGUGGAAACUUCUCAAGGAACCAAAGUGUUUGCCCCUGAAGAAAUCUCAGCUAUGGUUUUGGGAAAGAUGAAAGAGGUUGCAGAAGCUUACCUUGGCAAGAAGGUCACCCAUGCUGUUGUAACUGUCCCAGCUUACUUCAAUGAUGCUCAGCGUCAAGCCACCAAAGAUGCCGGAGUCAUCGCUGGGCUCAACGUGAUGCGCAUCAUCAACGAACCAACUGCUGCCGCCAUUGCUUACGGUCUUGACAAGAAGGACGGAGAAAAGAACAUCUUGGUUUUCGACUUGGGAGGCGGUACCUUCGAUGUAUCCUUAUUGACCAUUGACAAUGGUGUCUUCGAAGUCAUCGCAACAAACGGUGAUACCCAUUUGGGAGGCGAAGACUUCGAUCAGCGCGUUAUGGAACAUUUCAUCAAAUUGUACAAGAAGAAGAAGGGCAAAGACAUCCGUAAAGACAACCGUGCUGUCCAGAAGCUUCGUCGUGAGGUCGAAAAGGCUAAGCGUGCUCUUUCCUCGGCUCACCAAGUCAGAAUUGAAAUCGAAAGCUUCUUUGAGGGCGAUGACUUCUCCGAGACUCUGACUCGUGCCAAGUUUGAGGAACUUAACAUGGAUCUCUUCCGCUCAACCAUGAAGCCUGUCCAAAAAGUCAUUGAAGAUGCUGAUAUGAAAAAAACAGAUAUUGAUGAAAUCGUCUUGGUCGGAGGAUCCACCCGUAUUCCGAAGGUGCAACAACUGGUCAAGGAAUUCUUCAACGGCAAAGAACCCAGCCGAGGCAUUAACCCUGAUGAGGCCGUCGCCUAUGGCGCUGCUGUUCAAGCCGGAGUUUUGAGCGGAGAACAAGAUACCGGUGAGAUCGUUCUUCUCGAUGUCAAUCCUUUGACCAUGGGUAUUGAAACUGUCGGUGGAGUCAUGACCAAGUUGAUUUCCCGUAACACUGUUAUUCCAACCAAGAAGUCACAAAUCUUCUCCACCGCCGCCGACAACCAACACACAGUCACCAUUCAGGUUUUCGAGGGAGAACGCCCAAUGACUAAAGAUAACCAUCUUCUCGGCAAGUUUGACUUGAAUAACAUUCCGCCUGCUCCACGUGGAGUUCCACAAAUCGAAGUCACAUUCGAAAUUGACGCCAAUGGUAUCCUUCAAGUGUCGGCUGAAGACAAGGGAACUGGCAACAAGGAAAAGAUUACUAUUACCAACGACCAGAAUCGUUUGACCCCUGAAGAUAUCGAACGUAUGAUCCGUGAUGCCGAAAAGUUUGCAGAUGAAGAUCAGAAGCUUAAGGAACGUGUCGAGGCCCGUAACGAGCUGGAGUCUUACGUCUACUCUCUGAAGAACCAAAUUGGUGACAAGGAGAAGCUUGGGGGAAAAUUAUCCGAAGCAGAGAAGGAAAAAAUCGAGGGUGUCAUUGAUGAGAAGAUUAAGUGGUUGGAGAACAAUGCUGAGGCUGACUCCGAAGAUUUCAAGAGACAGAAGAAGGAUGCUGAAGAUAUCGUUCAACCUAUCAUCGCCAAACUUUAUCAAGGUGCCGGCGCUGGUUCGCAAUCCAAAGAUGAGGAAGCUGAUGAUUCCAGCAAAGACGAGUUAUAAACUAAUUCACAUAAUUAAAUAAUUGCUACAAAACACUCUACUGAGAGCUCGAAUCGUUUUUCCAAUACGUGCGAAGUUACGACGUGUCCUGCUUCGCAAUUCUCGAGUCUGUUUAUAGGAUAACACCAUUAACUUAUCCGUGAUUUUAUUUAGUUAUUUUUGAUUUUGCGUGAAUGAGAUGAAACAGUUUCUGUCUAUGUUCUGUGAAGUUUAUUUGGAGGGGUAAUACAUGAAUGAAUGUUCUUUACAA